CUGGCAACCUGUUUGAGCACGUCAUAGUUGUUUUACACCUUCACUUUACUUGCCUGUCCUGGUAACCGUAAUUCCAUCAAGUUAAUAGCGUCUGUUGCAUUCGGUUCUUCCCCGUUUGACUACCCUCUUGCUGACAACGCCUUUAAUAAAUGUUGAAGCGUCGGGAUUGGCUCCACCUGCACGGCAAGUCCGGCGGCGCAAGCUCGAGCGACGACGACACUGACGAGAGCUCUAGCGAGCCCGAGGAGGAGCCAUCCAGUGGCAGCGACGAGGGCGACGAGGGCGAAAGCGGCAGUGCCGACGGUGGCGAGGAUGAGAGCGGCGAUGACUCAGAGGAUAUUCCCGCCUCUCGUCGAGGCAGCUUGUAUGCUAGCGACGACGAGGAGGAUGAGGAUGAUGACCGACCACGCAAGCGGAUAGCGCGGAGCUUUGACGAUAUCAGUGACCCUGAUGAGGACGAAGAAGGCGAAGAGGAGGAUGGCGAUGCCGACGAUGUCGAGGCGGAUGCAAUUACCGCGGAACACGUCGUCAAGGCAUGGACCAGCGAUGACCCCGAGGUCAAUGGCUUCAAGGGUAUCCCGCUGCGCUGCGUGCUGUGCCAGUCGCUGCUGCUCAACCGGGGGGUGUUCCUGAGCCACGUGGCCUCCAAGAAGCACCGCAACAAGCUCAAGCAGCUGCCCCCAGGCGCCCCCGAGCCCAUCCAGCUGGCCUCCGACACCACCAAGAAGGAAGAGCCGGAGGAGGAGGAGGCGGAGACGCACGCGGAGCGGUUGGCGCGCAUUGCCCGGCUGGCUAGCGAGCUGGGGGCAGGCCCCUUCCGCAAAGCGGGUGCAGCCAACGGCACCGCGGCGGAAGCGGGCGCACCUGAGGGGGCCGCAGUCCCUCCGGGCUCCAAGCGGCGACCCCGCCAGGGUGCUGCAGCAGCAGCGGACAGCGAGGAUGAUGAUGAUGAGGAGGACGCCGCGCAGGCGGGCAGCGACAGUGCCGAGGAGGGCGCUGCUGCUGCUGCUGCUGCUGCUGCUGCUGCUGGCGGCGGUGCGGAGGACUCGGAGGAAGGCGAGGAGGAAGCAGCAGCCGACAGCGAUGCUGACGGUGGCGCUGCUGCUGCUGCCCCUGCCGAGCAGCCAGGGAAGCGUACUGCGCCCACUGCCGCCGGCGCCGGUGACGGCAACAAGAACAAGCGGAAGCGGAAGAAUCGCAAGAUCGGGAAGCGGGAGCGAGAGAAGCUCAAGGCUGCUAUUGCGGCGGGGGAGGUGCCGGCGGACACGAAGCCAGUGAUGCCCGCCAAGCCCCGCAAGGAGAAGAAGAAGCAGGGUGGGCAGCAGCAGCAGCAGGGCCCGGGGAAGGAGGCGGCCGCGGGCGCGCCGGCGGCGGGGAAGAUGGGAGCGGGCAAGAAGGCGGCCGGGCAAGCAGCAGCAGCAGCGGCAGCCCCGAGCGGGGGGAAGGCGGCUGCGGAAGCUAAGGGGCGGAAGGAGCAGCCCGGGGCCCCCCCGGUCGGGCAGGAGCAGGCGCCGAAGAAGCAGCAGCCCCAGAAGCAGCAGCAGGAGAAGGAGCAGCAGCGGCAGGGUCAGGGGCUCAAGGCCAGGCCUGCUGUCAAGACGGCGAGCGCGGCACGAGCGCCUGCGGCUGGGCUGGGGUUGAAGAAGGGGGCAAAGGCUCAGCAGGCGCGGUAGCGGGGCGAGGUGCAGGAGGCAGCAGCAGAGGCUGCAUGGGCCUUGGCGGAGGCUGCAUGCCUGGUUGCGUAAUGGCGGUGAUGGGGUGAUGUUGCACAGGGCUUGCUGGGGUGAUGUUGGUGGGGUGAUGCACAGGGCUUGCUGGGGUGACGCUGCACAGGGUUUGCUGGCAGCACAGCGCAUCUGUUACGCAUCAUG